AUGCCGUUGUUCCCUGAAGGCACGGGGAUCGAGUUUGAUAAGAGUGCUCCAACGGAUCCCAACAUGUCGUCUAGCGCCAUACCUCCGUCUCGGGAGACCCAGGUGAAGAACCGUCGCAAACGAUAUCUGGAUGCCCAUCCCGAGUACUUCUCGACUGAUCUCGAGCUAGCCGACCCGUUGCUGUACGAUCGCCUCAUCCGCCGAUUUCAGACUCCGGCCGAAAGAGAGGUGGAAGGACGCGCCAAAGGGUUUUCGGGGAUUCUUCAAGCAGAUUUGUGCCGGUCGGAGGCCAAGUUAGAGGCCCUUUCCCACCAAGAUCCCAAUGCAAUGUUUAGCUAUACCCGUGGCCCGCACGGGGAGAUUCUAGCAGAGGAACAAGAUGAGAUUCCCCCGAAUAAAGAAGAGGGAGAGAAACUCUGGCGAUGGGUGAUGACGCUUCGGUUCCUCCGGGGAGACGAUAGCGAUUUCGAUUAUCAGACUGUCGAUGACAAUGAUGAGUAUGAUGACUGGAAUGAAGAACAAGAGCGAUAUUUCGAUGACGAAGAACCCAAGUGGCUCGUGGACGAAGCAACCGGAAGGGAUGUAAAGUCCCAUUUGCAGGGAGAGACGGGCAUCCAAGAUUUCUGA